AUGAAAAGGGGAAUCCUACAGGAACUGGGGCUGAACUUGGCGGAUACGAACAUUAAUUACUUGGGCCUCCCGCUCUUUAGAUCGAAGAAUAAGGAUGUGAAUUUUAAUUUCAUCCUUGAUAACCUUGUUUCGAAGUUACAUGGUUGGAAGAUGAAGAUGUUGUCAAAAGCAGGUCUGGCCACGCUUAUUAAAUCUGUGGGGCUGGCCCUGCUGGUGUAUACUAUGCAAACUACCAAGCUCUCUAAGAAGCUUGCUUCGAAAAUUGACGGUAUGGUUAGGGACUUUUGGUGGGGUUGUGAACAAGGAAACAGAGGGUUAUACCUGAAGGCCUGGGACCACCUUUGCUUGCCCAAAUCUAGAGAGGGCUCGGGGUUUCGGAAAUCUAUGGAAUUCAACCAAGCUCUUCUGGCUAAGUGGGGUUGGGCCCUCCUUACUGAGGAUCAAUCCUUGUGCUGCAGGGUGUUGAGAGCCAAGUAUCUGAAAAACAAACCUCUGUUUGAAGCAACCUAUAAGGAUUCAGACUCUUGGUUCUGGAAAAAUGUGGUUAAAUCGAUAGAUAUUCUCAGAAAAGGGGCUUGUAAGGUUAUAUCAAAUGGGGAAGAAACAUACGUUUGGAAGGACCCGUGGGUUGUUCACGGGAAAGAGCUCUACCCGAAACCCAUUACUUCUUGUCUUGAGAGGGUGACUAAGGUGGCGGAUCUUCUAACGAGUGAUGGGGAGUGGGAUAUCCCUAAGCUCGAGUCCCUGUUUAACACUGAAACCAUCAGUGAUAUCCUGAAAGGGGGCAGACCUUCGAGUCAAGGGAGAGACAGGUGGAUUUGGACCAAAGAAGGAAACAGGAAAUUCACCACGAAGUCAGCUUAUUUGAUUCCAGCUUUGGAAAGAGCCCCAUCCUGUGUGGUGGCUCCAGCACUUUGGAAUAGACUUUGGAAUUCCAAAAUUCUGGAAAGACAUAAAAUCUUAUGGUGGGGUAUCCUUUCGAAUGCUUUGCCGAUACGUGAGAUCUUGGUCAAGAGAAUCCAAAUUGAAGAUGUGACCUGCCCCUUGUGUGGGGAGGCCGAGGAAUCAAUGGAACACCUGUUCCUCUACUGUAACUUUGCUUACCAUCUCUGGAAGUCUUCUCCCUGGGGAACACCAUUGACUCUGGUGGUCGGGCUUGGGACUGGGUUAAAUUUCUUUGGAACAUAA